AUCCAUUCGUCUUCGACCUUGAAAAUUAGCAAAACUCAUAAUACAAUUUCGCCCUUAGCCUUUCCAAACCAAACCCCCCACCACCUUCCUUCUUCCUCCAUGGAAGAAAAACCAAAGCGUCAAGAAAACAAAACGCCGAGAAAAAAAGACGCCACCUUUAAACUGAGCUCCGCCGUCAAAGGCCUCCGCUUUGGCGGCCAAUUCAUCACCAAAUCCUUCACCGUCCGCCGCGCCACCACGCCGGAACUCCUCAAACUCCUCAACUACCCUUCCCCUUCCUCCUCCUUCCCUUCCACCAUCGCUUAUCUCCCAACAACCUUCACCAUCCUCGCCCACGAAGCUUACCAUACCCUUACACUUGGCCUCGGCACUCGCCGCUCCAAAGCUCUCCUCUUUAUCUUCGAUUCCGAAUCCCUCUGCUCAGCCGUCGAACGCUCCUGGACUCCGGUCAUCCCCCUCGGCGACGUCAACCGCCGCUUUCUCCGAGAGCUCGCUGGCUGCGAGAUGGCGCGAUUCAAGUUCAGAAAGGGAUGCCUUACCUUCUACCUUUACGCCGUGCGGCGGCGAGGGUCCCCCGGAUUUGACCGCGCCGAUGAUCUCAGGGCGCUGGUUGAGUCUGUCGCAGCGUUGAAUGAUUUCUUGGAUUAUACAGCCAUGCUCGCCAUGCCGAGCCAGAGGAGCCUUGGGGACUCGCCGCAGCUGGUGGCUGCGGUUAACUGAUUUGUCAAAAAUCUUUCACCGUUAGCUUAAAGUUGGAAUUUUUAUGAUAUUUAUCUUCUGUUUCUUUGAUUUUUGUUGUUUCACUGAGAUUUGAGGUUUCAGAUCUUCUCUGCAGCUCAUUUUGAGGAAGAUGAAGUGAUUGACGCCUUGACGCUGUAUUGCUUUUUUUAGAAAGUAACUUCGGAAAUAAAAAUUUUAUAGGAAAUUAAGAAUGUUUUGAUA